AAAAAUGAAAUAAAAUCCGUUUUUAUUUGAUAUUACCCCGGUGAAUAAUACUUAUUUGCCGUUUUUCUCAAUUUACUUGUUACUAGUUUCAUUUAUUUUUCGAACUCCGAGACCAACAGUUGUUCAAGGAUUUUAAGUACCCUAGUAUUUUUUUAUAAUGCCACCAAACAAAUCUAAACGUAGUGCCUCAGAAGAUUCUACCUCCGACUCGGGACCUGACGAUAGAAACCCUCCUCCAAAAAAAUCCAAACCGGCUGAUAAGGGAAGUUCUAAAAAAACCAAUUCAAAUGAAGAAGAACAUUCUUGGUCUCUUGAUAAAAAUCGAUUUGUCAAAGUGAGAGAAUUUCGUGGUAAACUCUUCGUUGAUAUUCGUGAAUUUUAUGAAAAAAAUGGAGAACUCCUGCCUGGAAAAAAGGGCAUAUCUUUGUCUAUGGGUCAAUGGAACAAACUGAAAGAACACAUUGAUGAUAUUCAAGAAUCUGUUGAAAAAUUAGGAUAAUAAUUAUUAAUUCUCAGUUUCCAAUUAUACUCCAAAUUGUUACUCAUUACUCGGUUAUGUAAAUCUGACCUAAUAAGAUUCUACCUAAUUAUAAAUUUACAUCUAAAUUUAUUGUAAUUGUAACUAAGUAUUAUGUUGCACAUUAAAUUAUAAUUUUAUAUUUCAUUCUCCUAAAGUUAAUAAGUAUGUACUUAUAAUUAUUAUUUAUCAAAUUAAUCAAUAAAAAAAGAAUUGAAUUUCA